AUGGAUGCUGCUUCCGGUGUUUCUUCAAUAGAGGGUAUUAUGGAAGAACCCCAUGUCUUAGCAGUUGAUGACAAUCUCAUUGAUCGUAAACUUGUUGAAAAGUUGCUCAGAAAUUCCUCUUGCAAAGUAACUACUGCAGAAAACGGGUUGAGGGCUUUGGAGUAUCUCGGCUUAGGAGGUGGUGACAGGCAGAGCAGUGUGAAUGACAAUGCUUCAAAGGUGAAUUUGAUAAUCACAGAUUAUUGCAUGCCGGGAAUGACAGGGUAUGAGCUACUCAAGAAAAUCAAGGAAUCGUCAAACAUGAAGGAUGUUCCCGUUGUCAUAGUUUCAUCUGAGAAUGUACCAACUCGAAUCAAUAAGUGCUUAGAGGAAGGAGCUCAAAUGUUCAUGUUAAAGCCUCUCAAAUACUCGGAUGUAAAGAAGCUGAGAUGCCAAUUGAUGCAGUGCCGUGGCUAA